GACCCAUGGCUUCACAACCGAACCAACCCAAACAGUGCCUAUUGCUCCUGACUGGAGUGGCCCUUGUUCUCUGUGCGCUUGUUGGUGUCGACGCCGCAAGCGGAGGUGGUGGUGGAGCCGGUGCUCGAGGUUCCGGAGGCAUGUACAACUACGGCAGCUAUGGCGGUAUGGGAGCAUCGGGCGGCAACACUGGCCUCGGGAUGCGUCGCGGAGCCGGAGUGUAUGGUCCAGUUGGCCUUGGAAAUCCACACGACACGUCACGGUAUCCUGGCCAGGCCGGUACGUCAGCCACACAGAGUCCCGUUUCGACGAAAUCCGGCCACCAUCGCCUAUCGGCGUGGGGAAUUAUUACAAUCGUUACGUUCGUUAUACUGAUCGGGGCCGGCGCGUACUGGGGCUUCAUCUGCUAUCCCUUUUUCUGCAAGAAGGAGCGUAGCUACAAUAUGAUGAUGAACAUGUCGUCGGCGACCACCGCCACCCCAUCAACGCGAUCGACCGAGUUCGAAAAGCUCGAUCAUUGCUGCUCCAAAUCGACCACUUCCACUCGAAGCAGCGACACGGGUAUAAGCAACAUCUGAGGCAGCAUCCGGCAUCAUCAGCAUCAUUCCUGUGCCACA